AUGUCGGGCGGUUUUGAGCCGUUCGCCCUUUCUGAAGACGAUGUGCUGAAGCUUAUUGCUACUCAAGCCCACAUCGGUUCCGCUAAUGUGGACUUCCAGAUGGAGCAGUAUGUUUACAGGCGUCGUUUUGAUGGAACAUAUAUAAUUAAUCUGAAGAAAACUUGGGAGAAGCUCCUCUUCGCCGCUCGUGCUAUCGCUGCUGUUGAAAACCCCGCUGAUGUCGUCGUUGUGUCGGCUCGGCCAUACGCCCAGAGAGCUCUACUCAAGUUCGCUGCCCACACUGGUGCUACUGCGAUCUUCGGCCGAUUCAGUCCUGGAUGCCUUACCAAUCAGAUCCAGAAAUCCUUCAAGGAACCAAGACUUCUGGUUAUUUCUGAUCCUCGUGUGGAUCAUCAGGUUGUCACUGAAGCCUCAUACGUCAAUGUACCCGUCAUUUCUUUCUGCAACACAGAAUCGCCAUUGAAGCUGAUCGAUAUCGCUAUUCCGUGCAAUAACAAGGGAGAGCAAUCUAUCGGACUUAUGUGGUGGCUGUUGGCUCGCGAAAUCCUAAUUCUUCGUGGGAAGAUUUCACGUCAGACCGGAUUUGUCCUUGAUGAUAAGGAGAUCAUGCCUGAUCUCUACUUCUACCGCGAUCCUCAGGAGUCCGAGAAACAGGAAGCAGCUGAGAUCAUGCCGGAAGUUAAGCCCGACUACGAAGUACCAAGCGAGGCCGUCGAUUUCACUGCUCAACCAGAAAUCAAGGAUUGGGCUUCGGAAACAGCUACGUGGAAUCCAGGAAGCAAGCCAGGAGACGCCGCUGGUGAGUGGGGAGCUGGCGCACCGACGACUACGUGGUGA